AUGGCAAUGAACAUCCCGAAAUCGGGGUAUAAUCGCUUCAUGAAGGAAGGAGCACAACACUUCCAAGGAACUGAUGAAGCGGUGCUUCGAAACAUUGAUGCUUGUAUGGAAUUGGCUUCACAGCUGAAGUCUGCUUAUGGACCGAACGGAAUGAACAAAAUGGUCAUUAAUCACAUUGAGAAGCUAUUUGUGACCAAUGAUGCAGCCACCAUUUUGAAAGAGCUGGACAUUCAACAUCCUGCUGCUAAAAUCAUCAUUAUGGCCAGUCAGAUGCAGGAGAAACAAGUCGGAGAUAACACUAACACAGUCGUGAUUCUUGCUGCCGCACUUCUCGAACAUGCCGCUCAGCUUAUUAGCAUGGGUCUCACUCCUCAAGAAGUCGCAUCUGGCUACGAACAAGCUGCUGACAAAGCUUUAGAGAUCCUUCCUAGUCUUGUGAUCAAGGAGGCUUCUGACUUAAGAAAUCUUCCGCUGGUCAAACAAUUCCUACGAUCUGCUAUCACUUCCAAACAAUAUGACAACGAAGAAAUUAUUGCUGAGCUAGUUGCGAAAGCUUGCGUGCAAACUGUACCCAAGAAUAGCUUCAAUUUCAAUGUUGACAAUAUCCGAAUCUGUAAGAUCCUAGGAUCGGGAGUGAAUGCAUCGAUGGUUAUGAAUGGAAUGGUUUUCAAACGUGGAGUGGAAGGUGAAGUGAAACAAGUGAACAAUGCCCGUGUUGCAGUAUUCACAUGCCCAUUCGACUUGACGCAAACAGAAACGAAGGGCACAGUUCUCAUCGAAAAUGCCGAAGAAUUGAUGGGAUUUGCGAAGGGGGAAGAAAGUGAAGUUGAGAGCCAAGUGAAAGGCUUGGCCGAUAACGGAGUUCAGGUUGUUGUUGCUGCUGGAAAGUUUGGAGAUCUCUACCUACAUUUCCUGAACAAGUAUAAAAUUAUGGCCGUUAGGCUUACUUCUAAGUUCGACCUCCGCCGUCUCUGCCGCACUGUCGGAGCUCAAGCCCAAGCGAGAAUUUGUGCUCCUCCUGUUAAUUUGCUCGGCACUUGUGACUCAGUUUGCGUAAAAGAAAUCGGUGAGGAGAAUGUGGUGGUGUUCGAUAACCAGGGAGAAAAGGGGAAGGUAGCCACUAUCAUAAUUCGUGGAUCGUCUCAGUCACGAAUUGACGACGUUGAGAGGGCCGUAGACGAUGCUGUGAACACCUAUAAAGCUCUUACGAAGGAUGCAAAGCUUUUACCCGGGGCUGGUGCUGUGGAGAUUGAAGUGGCGAGACAAAUCGAAUCUUUCGGGGAGAAGUGCGCAGGACUUGAGCAGUAUGCUAUCAAGAAGUUUGCCUAUGCUCUGGAAACACUACCGAAGUGCAUUGCAGAAAACGCUGGGAUGGAUGCCACGGAUAUGCUUACCAAGCUUAAUGCAGCCCAUGAAGCUGGACAACAAAAUGCUGGAAUUGAUAUUUGGAAGCAUGAAGUUAUGGAUGCUGGAGAGAACCACAUUUUUGAUCUUUAUGCUGGGAAAAAGUCUGCCAUCAAACUCGCUACUGAUGCCGCGGCUACAAUUUUGAAAGUGGAUCAGAUUAUUAUUGCAAAACAGGCAACUGGUGGACCGAAACCACGCGGUCCGAAACCCCAAGAUGAGGAUGACGAUGGAAUGGCCUAA